CUUUUUUUAAAACUUCCGCUGACCAAUGUUUUUUGAUUCGUGGGCUUAUAUUUUCAAUUCGAAUGAUUUCUGUGAGAAGAAGGCGGAAUGACUGAUUUUGAGAUCAAUCUCAGUUAAUGCCACACCUAAGAGUAUAAUAUAUUUAAACACAAAGUUUUUGCAUAUGUAAAACAAAUCAAUUAUUCAGACUUGUAGAAUUUUAGAAAUGGGGAAAGUUCUUUCGAAACUUUUUGGCAAUAAAGAGAUGCGAAUUCUUAUGCUAGGCUUAGAUGCUGCUGGAAAAACAACUAUUUUAUAUAAACUAAAACUAGGACAAUCCGUAACAACAAUUCCUACAGUUGGUUUUAAUGUUGAAACUGUUGCAUAUAAAAAUGUUAAAUUCAAUGUUUGGGAUGUUGGAGGUCAGGAUAAAAUUCGUCCCUUGUGGCGACAUUAUUAUACUGGCACACAAGGGCUAAUAUUUGUUAUUGAUUGUGCUGAUAAAGAUAGAAUAGAAGAGGCAAGACAAGAACUGCACAGAAUAAUAAAUGAUCGUGAGAUGAAGGAUGCUAUCAUCCUUAUUUUUGCUAAUAAGCAAGAUUUACCAGAAGCAAUGAAACCACACGAAAUUCAAGAGAAAUUAGGUUUAACAAAAAUUCGUGAUCGCAAUUGGUUUGUUCAACCAUCUUGUGCAACGACAGGUGAUGGAUUAUAUGAAGGACUUACUUGGCUCACAGCAAAUUAUAAAUAAUCAUUUUAAAUAGUAAAUUGUAACCUAUACUUCCUUGUGCACCAUGCUUUGUAAUGGUUGUGGAAAAAUGCAUAUCAAGCCGUGGUUAAAGCGAUGAAAGACAUUUCAUAUAUAGAUUUAUAUUAUGGUAAUUUGUUUUUGCAGAUUCUAUAACCAACUAAUAUAGUGUAUCGUUUUUUUCAAA